AUUUCUUCGGCGUAACGUGCACGGAAAACACUGGUUUGACGCGUUUUCGGAGUGAAAUCGCCGUUUUCAAAUUUCUCCGGCGUAGUGUGUAGUGACACAGGCAUCCCUUGUAAUGAGAAAACUAAAGACAAGAAGCGUAAGUUUUUUCCUAUUCUUUGUUAUUUAGAUGCUGACGUUCCUGAUGCUAGUGAGGCUUUCGUCGUUGUGUCCAAAUGCUAUUCUACAACGUGUGGAUAUCCUCGUGGAACCUCUACGUGCGACGUUACAAACUAAGGUGAAGGCAAAUUCAGUUAAACAAGAAUUCGAGAAACAAGACGAGCUUAAACGAUCUGCGCUCAGAGCUGUGGCUGCGCUGCUGUCGAUUCCGGACAGUGAUAAAAGUCCAUUGCUCAGUGAAUUCCUCGCACAGAUCAAGUCCAGUCCCGAGUUGUCCUCCAUGUUUGAUUCCAUUCAGAGGGAUGCCGGCUCCGCAGAGUCCAUGGAUACCAGCUGAAUAUCCUGACCUUGUGUGACGAUAUCAAACGACAAAGGAAAAAAAAACAUUAAACAAAAACGAUAUCCCGCUACAGGGAGAUGUAGUGCAGUAUCGUGUUCAAACGAUUCGUAAUUCUCUCUGCGCAAAGGAAAUAAGGCUGUUGAAGACUGUUGUAAUUCGCCUGACUUGAUAACACUUGAGCCAUUUUAACUCUUUCAGUCCCAAGUUGAAAAUGUAAAUUCUCCUACUCUCAGCCAUACAGUUCUUUUAAUAUCAGUUCAGAGAAUUUGAUUAUACAUCAAGGCUAUAUCACGUAGUUGAUGAUUUUCUUUGUUCUCAUCACCUGUUUAAUGGAAAUGUAUUGGUGAUUUAAUGAGAAAUGAGAGUUUGAUCAUUCCUGGGAUUUAAAGGGUAAAGAAGCUAUGUCACGUUACAGCUUGCGAUGUUAAACUAUUAAACUUUAAAUCAAAGCAGACUGAAAAAAUAUCAGUUUAUUAUGGUAGAAAAACACUAAAGAGGUAAUAAGUAAACAACCACCGCCCCCCCCCCAAAAAAAAUGGCUAGUGUUGAGAAAGACUAAGAAUUUAAGACGAACCUGAACAAGACAAAUGCGUUAAUUUUUCAAGUUCUACAAUUCGUAACGUAGCUCCUUUUAUCCCCAGCCCUGAUCAAAACCACCUUUCUCCUUACCUUUGUAAUGAAAUUUUCCACCAAGCAAGUCAGGGGAAUAAAGCAUAUCAUCACUUGU